UCAGACAUUACAGGACCAAACAGAUGACACUCCUAUGCAGCCUACUCACUCAUUUCAAUGAUAGAAGCCAAAACAUCACCAGAGCCCCUUCUUUGGAAUUGCUUUCAGAAGUCUGUGGCACUUUUAAUAUCCUCAGUAAACUUCUGGUUCAAGAUGGUGGAUGAAGCACAUGUUACAGCCUUUCUUUGUCACCCCAAAUCUCUGGAACUGAUAGAAAAGAUAUUUUUAAAAUCUACAACUGAACUCUAAAACAAGAAGGGAGCCCUCCUUGGGCCAGAAAUUCUGAAAGUAUAAAAACUGAUGGAAUCGACCCGAUGGAGGAAACAAAUCAAAAUACACACAGAAAAGUAUCCCUACAAAGGCAAGACAAAACCAAAUGGGGUCUCAUAUGUGGAGAGAGUAGGUUUAUGAGAGCAGGAGGAAACUAGGGGCAACAAGCAGAUUGAGGAAAUGGCUUCAGGAGUUCCCGUAUAUCUCCUUCCCCCCCUAUCAAACAGCAGCUGAGGUAGGGACUCUUUCCAAAAAAGCUAUUGGCACAGAGGGCUGGGGCUGCAGAUGCAGGGUACACCCAAGCCCAGAAGCCUAGCUCUAAGAUAUUCUGACUAGUGGCAUGUUCCACCCCUUUCUCACUCUUCCUGUAAACAUUUUGGAAUACAAACUGCACCAGAAUGUCCUGUCUGUUCUCUUCCUCCCCAAAAAGGUGGACAAAGAGAGGUAGCCGGAUGACUAAUGGGAAAUUUCAGCCACAAAAAUGAGCACAUAAUUAAGACCAAAAUCUGAUGAAUGCCAACACCAUAUGAGGAAGUCACAAACUGUAAACAGAAGAGUUUGCACCUAAGGAAACAGACUUACUGAUCAAUCAAAACAGGGCCCUAUAAUACAUUGAAUUAAUAACAACCUCAGCAGAUAAUAACAACAUCAGCAGAUACUGCCAUCCAAAAAGAAAUGAACAUAUAAUGGACAUUAAUAGUUUGAUUUUUGAAAUGAAAAUCUGAAUGGAUGGACUGAAAGCCAAAUAACAGUUGAAGAGCUGGGAGAUUCAAUCAAGGAAUUAUCUCAGAAUGUAGCACAAAGAGAUAAAAGAGAUGGGAAAUAUGAAAAGAGCAGGACUUUAAGUUUUUUCUCUUGAGAUCAAGGAACAAAAGAUGGUUUUGGAAAUGCUGAACCCAAUGCAUUAUAACAUCACCAGCAUGAUGCCCGAAGUCAUGCCUGUGGCCACCAUGCCGAUCCUGCUGCUCACUGGCUUUCUUCUUUUGGUUUGGAAUUAUGAAGACACAUCCUCAAUACCCGGUCCUGGCUAUUGUAUGGGGAUUGGGCCCCUCAUUUCCCACUGCAGGUUCCUGUGGAUGGGCAUUGGCAGUGCCUGCAACUACUACAACAAGAUGUAUGGAGAAUUCAUGAGAGUUUGGAUAUGUGGAGAGGAAACACUCAUUAUUAGCAAGUCCUCAAGUAUGUUCCACAUAAUGAAGCACAGUCACUACAGCUCCCGAUUCGGCAGCAAACUUGGACUGCAGUGCAUCGGCAUGCAUGAAAACGGCAUCAUAUUUAAUAAUAAUCCAACCCUCUGGAAAGCCAUUCGACCUUUCUUUACAAAAGCUUUGUCUGGCCCCGGCCUUGUGCGCAUGGUGACAAUUUGUGUUGGAUCCAUCAUCACACAUCUGGACAGGUUGGAGGAGGUCAGCAACGAAUUGGGUUACAUCGAUGUGUUGACCCUCAUGCGGCGCAUCAUGCUGGACACCUCUAACAUUCUCUUCCUGGGGAUCCCCUUGGACGAAAGUGCCAUCGUGGUUAAAAUCCAGGGUUAUUUUGAUGCAUGGCAAGCUCUCCUUCUCAAACCAGACAUCUUCUUUAAGAUUUCUUGGCUAUACAAAAAGUAUGAAAAGUCUGUCAAGGAUUUGAAAGAUGCCAUGGAAAUUCUGAUAGAAGAAAAAAGACACAGAAUUUCCACAGCAGAGAAACUGGAAGACUAUAUGGAUUUUGCCACCGAGUUGAUUUUUGCUGAGAAACGUGGUGACUUGACAAGAGAGAAUGUGAACCAGUGCAUACUGGAAAUGCUGAUUGCAGCACCAGAUACCAUGUCUGUCUCUGUGUUCUUUAUGCUGUUUCUCAUUGCAAAGCACCCUAAGGUUGAAGAGGCAAUAAUGAAGGAGAUCCAGACUGUUAUUGGUGAAAGAGAUGUAAGAAUUGAUGAUAUGCAAAAAUUAAAAGUGGUGGAAAACUUUAUCUACGAGAGCAUGCGGUACCAGCCUGUUGUGAACUUGGUCAUGCGCAAAGCCUUACAGGAUGAUGUCAUCGAUGGCUACCCAGUGAAAAAGGGGACUAACAUUAUCCUAAAUAUUGGAAGAAUGCAUAGACUAGAGUUUUUCCCCAAGCCCAAUGAAUUUACUCUUGAAAACUUUGCAAAGAAUGUUCCUUACAGGUAUUUUCAGCCUUUCGGUUUUGGGCCCCGCAGCUGUGCAGGAAAGUACAUCGCCAUGGUGAUGAUGAAAGUCGUCCUGGUUACACUACUGAGACGAUUCCACGUGCAGACAUUGCAAGGAGAGUGUGUUGAAAGUUUACGGAAAAAAUAUGGCUUGUCCUUACACCCAGAGGAGACUAGCAACUUGCUGGAAAUGGUUUUUAUCCCAAGAAAUUCAGAAAAGUGCCUCGAACACUAAAGAAGGCUGAUCAGUACCUACUCUGGAGCAUUUCUCAUCAGGAGUUCACAUGGAAAUCACCCGUUCACCCUCAUGGUGAACAUUCGGUGGCCUGUGCCAUUUUAUAGGCACGACUCGUAUGGACUGUCAGCAAGUCA